ACUCUCAGCUCUGCGGUCCAAUAUAGCGCAUGCGCAGUGCCUCGGGACUCAUACACUGUCAGACUGCAAUAUGGCGAGAAUGCCUGGCAGCGGGGACCACUGCUGUAAAGAUGAUGAACCGGACCCGAUGGCGGGGGAACGGGAGAGAGAUGGAGGCUCGGACGAGGAAGAGGAGGAAGAGAUUCAGGAGAUCCAGAUCACAGGGGAAGAGGGAGAAGUGUCAGAAGAAGAAGCCGAGUUAGAGUGGGAGGAGUGCGGGGAGCCCGACAGCUGCGCUGCUGCCGUGGAAACGGGGGAAGCGGUCCUUAUGCGGAAUACGGACCAGCUCGAGUCUGCGGCGGGGGACCCGCUUUUCGCCGCUUUGGACUCGGGACUCGAGGGAGACAUGCACCGCUCCAGGCUCAGCGAGAACACGCGCCUGGCAACCCGGUACGCAGUGCGAAUCUUCCGGGAAUACCUGACGGAGAGGGCGCAAAGUACGGACUUUGAGAGCAUGGACAAGCACGCGCUCUGCAAAGUGCUGCGCUCGUUCUACUCGGAGGCGCGCUCCAAAAGCGGACAGCUGUACAGCAAGUCCUCCCUCAUCAGCAUCCGGAGCUCGCUCAACCGCUACCUGAACGAGCCCCCCUUCUGCCGCACGCUGGACCUCACCAAGGACCCCGAGCUGCGCAACGCCAACCUCGCGCUCGCCGCGGUCAUACGCAAGCUGGAGGAGCAGGGCGCCGGUCCCGUGGUGCAGAAGCAAGCCAUCACGCGCUCCGACCUGAGAAAACUCUACAACUCGGCCGUGUUCAGCGCCAGCUCGCCGUUCGGGCUGCUCAACAAAGUCUGGUUCGAGACUUGCAUGUACUUCUGCACGCGGGGGCGGGAGAACCAGCGCGAGCUCGAGGAGGACUCUUUCGGGCUGGCCGUGGACGAGGACGGACGCAAGUUCGUGUACUUCAAAGCGCUCGGGCCGUACCACAAGUCUCGUUCCGCCUCCUGGACGAAAAAAAGAUCGGACACGGACGAUGACAACCUUCCCCGGAUGUACGAGACCGCCACGGAGUUCUGUCCCUACGCGAGCUUCGUGAAGUACCUCUCGAAGCGCAAUCCUCUCUGCAAGGCUUUCUUCCAGCGCCCGCGGGAUCACUGCAGCGAGACCGACACGACGUGGUACGAGAAUAAAGCCAUCGGUAAGAACCUGCUGGGCACGAGGAUGCAGAUGCUGUCGCGUGCCGCCAAACUGUCAAAGACCUACACCAACCACUGCAUCGGCGCCGUCUCCAUAGCGACGCUCAACGGCAUUGCGGGCAUCGGGUCAAAGUUAGCGCCUCUCCACGUCUCCCCGGAAACGGACAACGGAGGAGUGCGACUUCAGCACGUGCUGCGCUGCGAGGACGAGGCCGAGCUCAAACCGCAGAAGGUGAUCAAACGCCCGCGGGCGCUCGUCUAUCCAGUAAGCGUUUCGGGACCGGGGGCAUCGCCGAAAAGACUCUGUGCGCGCGCAGAAUGCGCGGACACUCCGACUGUCACCGCGCUAGUCUCCGCUCAUUGCGAAGCCAACGGAGAGAGUCCUCGUGUGCUCCCCUCACAGGAGAAUCGCAGUAACAGUGUGGGCAUGUCGACUCGGCCGAUCUUGGCACAUUCGCCGGUCUCCCCGCUGGGUACAGCUGGCAUCCCUACACCUGCACAGCUCACGAAGACCAAUGCACCGGUCCACAUUGAUGUAGGGGGUCACAUGUACACCAGCAGCCUGGCCACAUUAACCAAAUACCCAGAGUCCAGGAUUGGUCGUUUGUUUGAUGGCACGGAGCCCAUUGUAUUGGACAGCCUGAAGCAACAUUAUUUUAUAGAUCGCGAUGGACACAUGUUCCGCUACAUAUUAAACUUCCUCAGGACCUCAAAACUGCUCAUUCCAGAUGACUUUAAGGACUACUCUCUGCUGUACGAGGAGGCCCGAUAUUUCCAGCUGCAGCCUCUGCAGGCUGAGCUGGAGCGCUGGCGGUCGGAGCAGGACUCUAGGUACACAUCACGCAUGUGUGAGUGUGUGGUAGUGCGCGUGGCCCCCGAGCUGGGAGAGAGGAUAACACUCAGCGGUGACAAAGCCCUAAUCGAGGACAUCUUUCCAGAGAUAGGAGACGUCAUGUGCAACUCUGUCAACGCAGGCUGGAACCACGAUUCCACUCACGUCAUACGCUUCCCUCUAAACGGAUACUGCCACCUCAACUCUGUACAGGUUCUGGAGCGACUGCAGCAAAGAGGUUUUGAGAUUGCUGCUUCUUGUGGAGGUGGUGUGGACUCAACCCAGUUCAGUGAGUACGUUCUGAGGAGAGAGAUCAAAAGAAGUCACCGUGGGGUCACGACCUCCGUCAUUCGAAUCAAACAGGAACCGCUGGAUUAGCUGCCCGCUCUCACAAACAACAAACUGGAUGUGGUAUUUUUAACUGAUUAUAAAGGGAUGUUUUGAUUUAUGUUGUAAUCCUCUGAGACUUUUUUUUCAUUGGUACUGUCCCUAAAUAAACUGUUUCAAAUAAGGAAA